GCUUCCAUCACCUCCAGAUCCCCCCCCUACAAUAUGGAGCAGCAGACCAACCUUUACUUCACCUUACCCUUGCUCCUCCUCCUCCACUCUCUCUGCUGGUCUCAGAGGUCAAACCCAGAUGAUGAGAGGUCCUCGUGCGAUCGCUGUGACCUGCGGCUGUCCUGUAACUGCUCGUAUGAUGGAUUUACCCGUGUUCCUGUGGUAACAGACCGUGCCCUGACUCUUGAUCUCUCCUUCAACAACAUCACCAUGGUGACCGUUGAUGAUCUGACAGGCCACAGACAACUGAGGGCUCUGAGUCUCCAUGGUAACAGGCUAGCUGUAAUCCACCUGUCAGCAUUUGACUCUCUGUGGAGCCUGGAGGAGCUGGAUCUGUCAGACAAUCAGCUGACUGCUCUUAACCACAAAUGGUUCAGCAAGCUGGGAGCUCUGCAGAAGCUCAACCUGCUCAACAACCCAUACAGCUGCCUGGGUUCUCCUCCGGUGUUUCAGGGGCUGGCCAGGCUGAGGACACUGGCAUUUGGAGGUCCUGCUCUGGAGGAGCUAAAGAUAGGAGAUCUGUCUGGUGUCACUCAGCUGGAGGAGCUCACUGUGCACGCCAACAACCUGACGAGAUACGAGUCUGGUGCUCUAGCAGACAUUUGGCCGCUGGGUCGUGUCACUUUGAGCCUCCACAAUCCAUUUUUAACAAAUGUACCCUUAGCCUCAGAUGUGCUCAGUGACGUGUCAUACCCUGAGACGCCACUCAUUUUGGAGGACCUCCAUUUGAUUGGGAAAGAGACUGUUCAGCCCCUCUACGCAUCAGCCAGAAGGAGAGUCAGGUACAUCACCCUGCGCAACGUUUUUGUGUCCGAUGAGGCCAUCGUUAAUUUCCUGGUGGUGUUUAAUGGAGUGCCGCUCACCUGCUUUUCGGUGGACAGUGUCACGCUGACGGGCGAGGGCAGGUGGACGCCAGCCAAUUGGACCUAUCAUAAAAGCUUCGACGAGUUCUUCAUUCGAAACAUUGUCGUUCUGGAUGUCUUUCACUUUGUCUCAUUUCUUAACCUGGGAUUUCUCCUGCAAUAUCCUAGGAAGGUGUCCCUUAUUAAUGGCAAGGCGUAUGUGAUGCCCUGUCAAACGUCUGGCCUGCUAAAGAACCUUCAGUACCUGGACCUGUCCGACAAUCUGCUAACUGACAUGACUCUGAAGGAGACACUGUGCGGAGGACACAGCCCACUUACAGACCUCCGAGUUUUAAACAUCAGCGGAAAUGCUCUGAAGUCUUUGUCCAUGGUGAGAUGGCUGGUAGUGAAACUUUCCAAACUGACCCACCUGGACCUUAGCAGGAACGGAUAUAGCUCCAUGCCCUUGUCCUGCUCAUGGCCCCACACUCUGCGAUACCUCAACAUCUCCAGGGCUAAACUUACAGCCAUCACGCCCUGCCUACCCACAACUCUUGAGGUGUUGGAUCUGAGCAACAAUGAUCUCAAAAACUUCUAUCUGGUCCUGCCUGCCCUGAGAGAGCUUUACCUCUCUGGGAACAAGUUUCUGAGUCUGCCGAGUGGAGAGUUGUUCCCUAAUCUGCAAACACUGAAAAUACAGUCGAACACCUUGAACAUGUUCAACCGGUCAGACCUCCAGUUGUACAGACGACUCCAGAACCUCCAGGCGGGUCAGAACAAAUUUGUCUGCUCCUGUGACUUUGUUCCUUUCCUCCAGUCAGUCAUUAAAGGACAUGGAGACGUGUAUUUAACAGAUGAAGAGGAGAGCUAUGUCUGUGACUCUCCCCUCUACCUGCAGGGGGAACCAGUAGGCCAAGUCCGUCUCUCCGUUGUGGAGUGCCACCGUGUUUUGUUUGUGUCUGUGAGCUGUGGGGUGGCGCUGUUUGUUGCCAUUCUGGUGUGUAUACUGCUGUGGCGCCUCCAUGCGUUCUGGUACCUGAAGAUGACGUGGGCAUGGCUAAAGGCCAAGCGUAGCUCCCGGCGACACAGAGGCAGAGGAGAUUCAGAGGCGUUGCUGUCCUUUGACGCCUUCGUCUCCUACAGUGAGAGAGACGCUAGCUGGGUGGAAAACUUCUUGGUACCUGAGCUGGAAGAGCCAAGGGAGACUGAUGAAGACUUAGUGAAUCACAGAAGACCCCGGCCUCUGACCCUGUGCCUACACAAGCGGGAUUUCCUUCCUGGACAGUGGAUUGUGGACAACAUCAUGAGCGCCAUGGAGCGCAGCCGGCGGACCGUGUUCGUCCUUUCUGAGAAUUUUGUCCAGUCCGACUGGUGUCGCUAUGAGCUGGACUUCUCUCACUUCUGGCUAUUUGAUGGACAUGCCGGCAGGGACGCAGCCAUCUUGAUCCUGCUGGAACCGUUGUCCAAGGACGACAUCCCUAAACGCUUCUACAAACUGCGCAAACUCAUGGGCUCCACCACCUACCUAGAGUGGCCUCAGGAGGAGGAGAGGACUGGGGAGUUCUGGAGGAGCCUCCGCAAUGCUUUGAGGGGAGAAGAGGAUGAUGACUGAGAGGGAAAGACAGAAGUGACGAAGAGAAAGAAGAAAAUGAAGAACAAAGGCAGUGAACAGGAAAGAAGAGGGAAGAAGAGGAAAUUAAGGAGUAUGAGCACUUCAAAAUUAAGAUAAGGUGUAAAGACUGAAGAGGCAGGAAGUAAACUAUGUAGAUACCAGUCUGUAAGAUUUAGUGCCAUCUAGUGGUGGAACCACUGGAAAUACAUUACCAAUAUUUGUAAAACUGCACAUAUUAAAGUUAACUCAAAACAGUUAUUUAUUUAACAAUUAAUUUUUAAGUUAGGGUUAAUUCAAGGGAAAUCAUUUUUUGGAGGAUUAAAUUAAGUUAGCUUACUUCUUUUAUUAAGAUAUGUUUUUAGGAUAUGUAGAACAGGACCCACUCCUUCUGUAGAAAAACGUCUCAUUCUAAGGUAACAAAAACAAAAUGAUUCUUAUUUUCAGGUGAUUAAACAAACUAAUAAAUUAAACUAAUGACUGUUGUAUCCCAUUUUUGACAGAAGAUCCACCUAAAUGUUACAAACUUAAAUAAUGACCAAUAAUGGAAAAAGGCACAAAAGAAUAUUGUUUGUAUAAAUGGCAUUAUAUUGUCUCUUUUUUAUAGAAAUAAAUGCAAAAUAAAUGACAAUUUGUCAAUAAAAAGUG